CAGCGAGCGAGGAUGAGCCAAAUCGAGGUGUGUAACGUGGACAUGCCCGACGCGGCCCUCUACCAGUUCGCACUGUCUCGCCUCCCACCGCCCAGCCAACCCGCCUCCUCCCGCCCCUCACUCGCAAACCUCAAGACCCGCCUCAGCCAGGGCAAGCCGCUUUCCCUCCUGGGCAAGGAUGCGAAUGCUGCUCGCCUCACGGCCUCCAUCGCUGACCUCGAGCCGUUCAAGCGCGGCCUCUUCGGUGAGGCGCCCAUCGUGGGAGGAGGAGGAGGGACGGCCGUGACGAUCAAGAGCCCGUCGGCCAAGGAGGGAGGCGACGGCGACCACCGUGAGAUCUUCCCCAACACGCCGCCCGACGCCCCGCCGCUGUUCAACUGGACCAACCAGAUGGCGGCCAACGCGCGACUCAUGCGCCACCUGCAGACCCCCAAGGCAUCGUUCGCCGCCUCGCCCCUCAAUCAGGCGGCCAUGGACGAGCUCGACGAGCAGCAGCUGGAGAAGGGCCUGCCCACCAACGCAUUCAACAUGGCCAUGGAGGGCGAGGGCGAGGAACUCAUGGAUGAGGAGGAAGACGAAGAGGCGGGACACAGGCGACGACCCAUCCGCGCCAAGCUCCACCACCGCACCACCGGCGACGCGGGCAAGAAUUCAUGAGGGGGUCAUGAGCCAUUGGGGGCAGUGUUUGUCGGUAGCGCUGAUGCGCUGAAAUGCUUUUCAAGUGUCCUGCCGCGCACACCAUGCGGCCGAUGCUCGGACACAGCAACGGGCAGGUCUGUUUCCUGAGGACCUCAUCUCUCGAAGGCCCUACAGGGCGACCUGCACGUUUGCAUGUCAGGACCGGCCGUGAGGGAUUGGUUUGGGAACGAGAUGUGAUAAGGGUCGGGUUUGGGCUGCAUGGUGGUUUGGUGGUGCGUGCGCUAGUCGCUCAUGUGAUUGCGGUUGAUAGGCUGUUCGGUUUGUGUCGGACUGCUGCUGUCAUUCAUGUCGUGUGAUGCGCUUGUGUUCCCGUGAUUGC